AUGGCACCUCUCAACCAGCUGGGGGGCCACAUCAACGUGACCUGUGCAGCAGAGAACUCCACAGGGGCCGGCCGGGCCCGCCCGCACGCCUACUACGCCCUCUCCUACUGCGCACUCAUCCUGGCCAUCGUCUUCGGCAAUGGUCUGGUGUGUGUGGCUGUGCUGAAGGAACGGGCCCUGCAGACCACCACCAACUAUCUGGUGGUGAGCCUGGCUGUGGCGGACCUGCUGGUGGCCACCCUGGUAAUGCCCUGGGUGGUGUACCUGGAGGUGACAGGUGGGGUCUGGAAUUUCAGCCGAGUUUGCUGUGAUGUUUUCGUCACUCUGGAUGUCAUGAUGUGCACAGCCAGCAUCCUGAACCUCUGUGCCAUCAGCAUUGACAGGUACACUGCUGUGGUCAUGCCAGUUCACUACCAGCAAGGCACGGGACAGAGCUCCUGUCGACGUGUGGCCCUCAUGAUCACAGCUGUCUGGGUGCUGUCCUUUGCUGUGUCUUGCCCUCUCCUCCUUGGCUUCAACACCACAGGAGACCCCAGCAUCUGCUCCAUCUCCAACCCUGACUUUGUCCUCUACUCUUCAGUGGUGUCCUUCUACCUGCCCUUCGGAGUGACUGUCCUCGUCUAUGCCAGGAUUUACGUGGUGUUGAGACAGAGGAGACGGAAGCGGAUCCUCACUCGACAGAACAGUCAGUGCCUCAGUGUCAGACCCGGCUUCCCUCAACAGUCUUCGUGUCUACGGUUGCACCCCAUUCGGCAGUUUUCAAUAAGGGCCAGAUUUCCAUCAGAUGUCACAGGGAAAAUGGAACAUUCAGAAGAUAAACAAUAUCCCCAGAAACGUCAGGACCCACUCUUGUUACAUCUACAGCCCCUCUCCCCUGGCCAGACACACAUGGAGCUGAAACGCUACUACAGCAUCUGCCAAGACACUGCCUUGGGAACACCAGGCUUCCAAGAAGGAGAGGGAGACUUGCAAAGGGAAGCGAGGACUCGGAACUCCCUCAGCCCUACCAUGGCCCCUAAACUCAGCCUAGAGGUUCGAAAACUCAGCAAUGGCAGGCUAUCGACAUCCCUGAGGCUGGGGCCCCUGCAACCUCGGGCAGUGCCACUGCGGGAGAAGAAGGCAACCCAGAUGCUGGUCAUUGUGCUUGGGACCUUCAUUGUCUGCUGGCUGCCCUUCUUCUUGACCCAUGUUCUCAAUACCCACUGCAGAGCAUGCCACGUGUCCCCACAGCUCUACAGUGCCACCACGUGGCUGGGCUAUGUGAAUAGUGCCCUCAACCCCGUGAUCUAUACCACCUUCAACAUCGAGUUCCGGAAAGCCUUCCUCAAGAUAUUGUCCUGCUGA